AUGACAACUGCAAUUAUUCAUACAAAAUCCUCAGUAUCUCAAAUGAAACCGACUCCAACUUCAAAUGACGGAGACAGUGAUAAACCAUGGAUGGAGUUACCUGGAAAUCCAGAUUCAGAUAAAAUUCAUAUCAUUAAAGCAACAACUAUUCGUCAUCACAUAGAUCCGACUUCUAAAGCAAAUAGCAAUGAUAAAAAUAAAUUGUCGGGUGCUAGUCGUGUGGAAAUUGAUGGAGC